CCGGGACAGCAUCAACAUCUCUUGUUAAAAUCGGGAGAACAGACAGGCCGGCUAGAGCCUAAGAUGAGCGCCUCGGCCAGCACCGAGGAGUUCAUCGAGCUGCUCAAUGCCGAGCAGCAUGUCGACCUGCAAAAGCUCAAGGACUACGCUCGACACGGCGUCCAGCCGACGGUGCGCGGCGAAGUUUGGCUCUACCUGCUUGGCGUGCUGUCUGACGACAAGAGUCAAGAGAUGACAUCUGUCAGAAGCAAGUACCUCGAAUACGAUGGCCUGGACAAGCACAAUGCACAGCUAGAAAAGAGGAUCCGGAGCGAGUGCGUACGCUACUAUCACCGCUUACUCAUGGCCCGGCCCCCUGCGGGAAGGACGUUGGCGCGAUCAGCCCAGAGAAUCUCUUCACGGCCCAAUUCUUGGGCGUCCCGUGGGCCACAGUCCGAUUCCAAAGGAGGGUUGGCCAUGUCGACAUCAUCCUCCUCCCCUCUGCAAGCAGGUAGUAACGGAGGUGGAAAAUUACUCAAUGGCGGGCCAGGAGGGCAAGGAAAAGCAGGCGGUGGUGGCACUGGUGGUAGCACGCCCGUCACUCGCGGUCCGAAUCGUGUCGACAAUGGCCGCUGGCGCGCGCUAGCUGGCGGAUCGAAUGCGCCUGCUUCUCCCUCGUCGACGGGCGCGAUGGCCAAUGGAUUGGGCAUGAACCUGCUGGCCGAUGGCAGCGAGGAAGACCUCACAGAUCCAGAAGCAAUGGCGGCCCACGAGCUCAAGCACUUCAGUGCUGCCGUGCAAAACAUCAUCUCUGCCUAUCUCAAUCGUGCACGAUGGGAAGCGGUUCAAGGGCAGCAGCAGACUCAGCAUCAGCUUGAUUCGCACCGCCACCACCGUCCGCAGCACCAGUCAGGAAGAAGAGCCUCAUUCAGCGAGCAUCACCGGAGAAGGCUAUCAACGUCGAGCAUGGCGGAAUUGACUUCAGAAAGACCUAGGAGAGGUUCGACUGCUUCGAGCUCAGGUCACAGCGCACGUAAGAGUAUUGGUUCACUCGAUGCCGUCCUAGCUCGCGAAGAAGACACUGAGGAUAGCCGGCGACCCUCGACCUCCAGUGGCUUGGCAAGUGCACCCCGAGGCUCAACGCAGUCAUUGGGCUCCUCGGCCCCGUCAUCACCCCGACAUAAUCCCAGGCCCGUGUUCGGUUCACCGACAAAGAUGGACCUUGCCCCGUCUCACAGCUCUUUGCCCCCCACGUCCUCGGCGCAAAUGAAUAGUAGCAGCAACAGCAGCAGCAACGGAAGCCGACCUGUGACCCGACACAGAAGCAAUACUGGCUCGAGCCGCUCGGCGCGCAGACUCUCUACGUCGUCCAGCUCUGCAUUUCCUUCGCUCCCCAAAGAAUACGAGUGGGCGCAUCAGGCUUCUUCGCAACCUCACCAUCUUCCUCUUCCACCCAAGGACUUGGCGCGGCUGCCCGUUGUCAGCACAACGACAAUGGCUGCCAAGGCUGCCUCAACACUUGGCGAUGGCGUCGCUGCGCUUGUCACGGGCCCGAGCCAGACAGAGUACCAUCCAGAUAUGGUCUACCUCUGCGCGCCAUUUGUCAAGUGCAUCCGUGCCGAGACGGGCAUGUACUUUGCAUUUGAAAAGCUUCUGACAACAAUGGAGGCUCACCACGUUCACCACCCUCUACCCUCGCGAAUCUCAACCUUUCUGACGCUGUUUCGCACGACACUCCCCGAGCUCUACGCCUACUUUGACGAGGAGGAAGUCGACGUGAUUGGACUUGCGUCGGCCUGGUUGCGCCACCUUCUUGCGGCCGAGAUGCGCAUCGAAGAUCUCAUGAGGCUAUGGGACACGUACUUUGCCAUGCCCGAUUUUCUCGACUUGCACACCUACGUGUGCUUGGCGAUCCUCACUAACUGCAAGGAUGCUCUCGAGGAGCUCGAUCAAAGCGAGGCGAAAAGUAUGCUCUCGAGCCUGCCUCCUCUGGACGUCGAUCGGAUUCUCAACGAAGCCAUCAACAUCCGUCUCAGCCAUCGGCAAUCGCAGACUAGUCAAUGAUGCCUUUUUCUCAUGGAUUUCAGCGUUCGUUUGUACUCUAUUGCCCUCCUGCAAUGUUUCCCCUUCCCACUGUCUGUCUGCUCCCAUUUAAUCGACC